AUGUGUUCUGUCAUACCUUUAAUGAAUAAUCUUGAAAAACUUAACACAAUAAACAUAAUCUGCGAUAAACAUCCUUAAAAGCUUGUUAAAACUUAUUGCCAAACAACUCAUUAAUUACUUUGUAGCAUUUGCUCAAAUGCAUGCCUAUGCAUUAAUCAGAAAAAUUCAGAUCACUAGAAUGUUUUGAGAAAAGAUAUGGAAGAUUACAUUCAGCUCAAAAUCCCCAUGCUUAAAAAUUUACUUGAAAGAAUUUAAGUUAUCAUCCAAAGUCUCACACAAUAUCAGAAUAAGGAUAAGAUGUUCAAAGCUAGUGAUUUUCUAGACUUGAUAACUCAAAUAAACAAAUUCUAAAAUCCUGAACAGUCAGUGAAUGACUUGAGUUUAUUCCACAAUGAACUGCAGUCAAGGAUGUCAACACUUGAAAAUCUAGAAAAUAUUCAAAUUCUUUAACCAAUACAACAAAAUGAUAAGUAUGCUGCUGAUUUAUUACAAAUGCUAUCAGAGCCAGAUAAGCCAAAGUAUUACAGAAGAUUGGUCGAUUUUCACAUUGAAACAUUGAGAAAUCAGUAAAUAAAAGGUAUUUGUAAACUUUUACCUCUAAAUGGCUAAUGCAAACUUAUAUUCAAAGCAACGAAUGAUGGAUUUACAGCCUCUAAUUUUCAUUAAAAAUGUGAUAAUAAAGGGCCUACCAUUUCAUUUAUCCAAAGUGAGCAUGGGCAAGUGUUUGGAGGCUAUACAACUGUCUCUUGGACAACUCCUGAUAAUAAUAACAAAUUGAAUAAUGAUAAUGAUGCAUUUGUGUUUAGUUUGAGUAAGAACACUCUUCAUAAAUAAUAUCAAAACUUUGAUAAUGCAGUUCUUCAUUACAAAGAUUGGUUAAUGCUAUUUGGAAGUAGUCAUGAUAUUUUUAUUUCAAAUGAUUGCAAUAAUAAUAGCAAUAGUGGUUGUAAUUUAGGAUAUACAUAUAUGCCUCCAUAAGGUUUUAAGUAUGGAGAUUAAUAGAGUAAAGAUUAUUUAGGUGGAAGUAAGGAGUUUAAAGUAAUAGAAAUAGAAGUGUACUAAGUUUUAGUAUGA